AUGAGUGAAUUAGUUUGGGGAAUCAAAAACGGCGACAUAGACCAAGUUAAAGACAUAGUAGAGAAUAAAAAAAUUGAUGUCAAUGCCCUGAUCGAUGGAAGGGUACCUCUUCACUAUGCAGCAGAUUAUGGCCAAACAGCUGUUCUCAACUACUUGCUGGACAAGGGUGCAGAUCCCAAUAUGUUAGACAAACAUGGCAUUUCUGUAUUAUUAGCAGCUAUUUGGGAGGGCCACACAGACUGUGUUAAAACAUUACUCAAAAAUGGUGCUUCUAAAGAUGGAAAAACCCCAGAUGGAUUACCUUACCUUGAGGCUGCUGAAAAAGAUGAGAUCAAAGAACUUCUUACAUAG